UGUAUCUUAAAGGUGUGUCGAUUCUCUCUCUUGUAUUUUGCUGCUUUGAGUUCAACAGGAACGGAACUGAUUAACUGAACUUAUUAACUUUAUUCCAAAAAGACAGCAGCUCGAAACACAAGGAGAACAACUCAAGUAAAGGUGUCACUGACAAAAACGUUUUUCCGGAUGAAGAGAUGAGUGCUGAAAUCAGCACCAUCCCUGCGUUACAACUGUAUUUGGAUUCCUUUUGGUCAUCCCACAGCUCUGACAUAAACACCACCAACGCAUGGGAAACAGCACCCACAUUUUUGUACAACCCUCCCGUUUCCAGUAGCGUUAGAAUGGACCCGGCCCAGUCCAGCCCGACUCCAGAUGAAUCCUCAGAACUGGGCUCAUCUGCUGAGUUUCAGGCCCAGCUCGACCUGUUCCUCAAGCUGGGGUUUUCCCAAACGCAGGUCCGUGCCGCUUUCCUGAAACUCGGCCUCAACGCAGACACCAACAGGGUUUUGGGUGAGCUGAUACAAGCUGCUGGGGAAUCAGAGGAGAGAGAGGAACGUACAGCCUCCCCGGUGCUGGUUUCACGUGGGGAUGCUUCCAGUAAGGUCCGAAGUGCCCAAAAUUACUGUCAUAACACUCCAGCUGUGACAAGCACUUCAGAAGAGCUGGGAGAGGAUGAGGACGCGCUCAGACCGAUUGUCAUUGAUGGGUCUAAUGUAGCCAUGAGCCACGGGAACAAGGAAGUUUUUUCCUGUCUGGGAAUUCAGUUGGCAGUAAACUUCUUCCUGGAGCGAGGUCACGUUGAUAUCACAGUGUUUGUGCCUUCCUGGAGAAAAGAGCAGCCGCGACCUGAUGUGCCCAUUACAGAUCAGCACAUUCUGCGUGAAUUAGAGCGGAGGAAGCUCUUAGUGUUCACACCGUCCAGAAGGGUGGCUGGAAAACGUGUGGUUUGCUACGACGACCGCUUUAUCGUGAAGUUGGCGUACGAUUCUGACGGCAUCAUUGUAUCCAACGACACUUACCGAGAUCUCCAAGGAGAACGUCCUGAGUGGAAGCGUUUUAUAGAGGAGAGGCUUCUGAUGUAUUCGUUCGUGAAUGACAAGUUUAUGCCUCCGGAUGACCCUCUAGGAAGACAUGGACCCACCCUAGACAACUUUCUGAGGAAGACUCCACGUAUUCCUAAGAAACAGCCUUGUCCUUAUGGAAAGAAGUGCACUUAUGGAAUCAAGUGCAAGUUCAGUCAUCCAGAACGAACCAAGCAAUCCCAGCGUUCCCUGGCUGACGAGCUCCGAGACAAAGCCAAAAUUUCAUCCACGCCACACAAAACUCAGCCGGUUUCCAGUCAGAGUCCGUCUUUGGAGGAAGUUAUGGAACAGAAACUCUCCCUGGACACUGGAUCUCUCAAGAAGAGUUAUGCCAGUGAAAACGUCCUCGUCAUUAAAGCAGCCCCCCAGCCGACUCAAAGGAAGUUUCCUUCGAAAAAAGAACGUCGGCCUUCGCCAACAAAUCUAGAUUCCUUUCCCAAUGGAUCUCAGGAGCGUUUGGAUUCUGGCUUGGGAUCCUACGAAUGCCAUUCUCCUGAAUCUUCCCAUUCUGAUCGCUACUGCGACAACAGGAAGUCCAAACCAUCCAGCAGUGGGCGGCAUCGCUACGUUCCGCCCAAUAGCCAACCCUGCAGUUGCUGUUCCUACCAGUCCCUCAGCACCGGUGGAACCGGUCAGCACCAUAGCAUUGGUCUGCCCAGCUCACCAAACCCUGCUUACUCCCAACCCCGGUAUCACUCCUAUGGAGGAGGUCCAGUUUACCCACCUGUUAACAUGUCCCAGUAUUCAUUUCCACAAAGCAGAGGGCCUCCUCCCCAACAGGGCUACUGGUCUGACCAUUAUGGUGGCUAUCCUCCAGCAUCCCACAAUGCCAUGCAUCCAGAGAGAGGACAAGGACACUGGUCACCUUCCAAUCACAAUCCUCAGUGGUCUGAACGGGAGCAAGUGAGGAAGAAAUUACUUGCAAUUUUCAACGCACGUUUGGUGGACAGAGCCAUGGACAUGUUCCCAUAUCUCCUGGACCCACAAAGACUGGCCGCAGAGAUUUUGACCCUUCAGUCUCAGGAUGGGGCUUUUUAAUUUAUCUUAUUUGAAGGACUAGACGAAAAGACAAAGAUUCUGGCACCAAAGGUGUUACAGUAAGUUCUCAGGCCCAACCACACGAAGUGAUUUUACUGUCUCCGCCCACAGUAAAAUCUCAUUGGUCUACAGUCCCACUGUUUUUGUCAUGCAACGUUUUGCAUUUGACUUCUGUUGGACACUCAUGUGAUGUGGUGAAAUCUCAUUUCCGCUUCUCAUCAGAUUUUUUUGAUUGGUUGUUUUUGUCGAAUCAUGCAACAUAUUUCUUUCAGCUGUUUGAAGUCGUUGGAAUCAUGCGGUGUAGCUCCGCCCACUGUGAAAUCUCAUUGGUCCACAGUACCGCUUCACAUCAGAUUUGAUGUUCUGAUUGGCUGUUUUUGUCUUUUCACGCAGCGUAUUUCUUUGAGCAAGGACGAAAAAAUUAUUUUCAUUGGAGGCUGUUGUGUCAUGCUGUGUCUACAUUCCUGCUACACAUCAGAUACAUUCUGAUUGGCUGUUUGUCUCAAGUCAUUGGAAGCUGUCGCAUAAUGAAGUGUACCUCCUUCUGCAGUUAAGUCUCAUUGGUCUACAAUCGUGCUAUACAUUAGAUAUGUACUGAUUGGCUGUUUGUCUCAAGUCGUCUUUCGCAUAAUGCAGUGUAGGUCCACCCACAGUGAAAUUUUGUUAGUCUACAGUUCUGCUAUCGUCUGAUGCAUUCUGAUUGGAUGUUUGUCUCAAGUCAUUGGAUUCAGUCUCAAAAUGCAGCAUAGCUCCACCCUCAGUGAAAUCUCACUGCCAAUCAGAUCUGCUAUAAGUCAGAUACAAUCUGAUUGGCUGUUUGUCUCAAAUUGUUGGAGUCUGUGCAGUGUAGCUCCUCCCACAGUGAAAUCUCAUUGGUCCACAGCUCCACUUAACAUCAGAUUUGAUGUUCUUAUUGGCUGUUUUGCUUUUAGCAAGGACAGAAAAAUGACUUGACUCAAAAAAUUGGUCUUUGAAAUGGAAUUCAAGCUAUUCAGAAUUUUUAUGUUGUAUUUUUAAUAGUUAAUUGACCUCUAACUAUGGUGAAUUCAUUAUUGGUUUGUAUUACCCAACAAUGUGUUUUCUGUCUUGAUGUGGUUCUCAAGAGUUAAAUAUCUUGUUUCUUAUUUUUACAAAAAAUGAGAUCAUUUUUGCUAAUGGAAUGAAAAAUUUGUGGAAAAACAUAUUUUUGUGUGUGUUUCAAGUGUUAUUUGUGGUUCUGCAUGAUUCGCAGUAUCAUGUUUGUUGAAUGUGUUGGCACCGUGUGCCGUAACUGACAUUUGUUUAGCAGAACUACCACAAAGGUAGAAAAGUAUGCACCCUUUGGUGUAUUUUUCCAUUUUAUUAAGUGCUAACUUAUAAAAUGUCCUCAAGAAUGCAAUCAUCACCAGUGUAACUUGACAUAAUUUCUCAAGUAAGUUCUCAAAGGUAAUUGCCAAAAGUGUGAGAAGUCAUCAAACUUUUGGUGGCUCUGUUUAGUUGUACUGAAGCUGUUUAAAAGGGAGUCGGCAAUAGUGAGUAGGCAAUUUUUUGCCAUUUUGUUUUUAUUAUUCAGCUGCAUGUUCUUUGCUCAUUUAAAUGUCCUUACUUUGUAUGCUGUAUCUCAUAUUAUGAAAAUAAAAUGCCAUAUUUAUGUACA